AUGUUCGCUCAAUUCAAUUGGACCGCCCUGGCAGUAGCCAUAGCUGCAGUCUUCCUCUUCUGGACUCUAAGCUCAACAACCCCAAACUCACCCUUCACCCGCUCCUUUCCCCGCCUCUCCAACAAAAGAAUCUGCCUCCUAAUCGCCCACCCAGACGAUGAAGCAAUGUUCUUCGCGCCAACAGUGCUAGCGCUCACAAAACCAGAACUGGGCAACCACCUCAAAAUCCUCUGUCUAAGUACCGGCGACGCAGAUGGUCUAGGCGAAACCCGCAAAAAGGAACUACAAAAAUCAGCACUGGAACUUGGACUCCGAGAUCCGAGUGACGUCUUCAUCGUCGAUGAUCUGAACCGGUUCCCAGACGGAAUGGACAAGGAGUGGGAGGAGGGUGAUGUGGGGGCUUUGCUUGCUUCUGCUUUUGCGCCUGGUAUGGCCAAAGGGAACAAGAAGGGGGCUGCUGGGAAUGCAGAGAAAGCGCCUACGGCUACUAUCGAUGUUAUCAUCACUUUCGAUCAGCAUGGGAUAAGCAACCACCCCAACCAUCGCUCUCUUUACCACGGCGCGGUGAAUUUCCUGCGCGCACUCAUGAAAGAGAAAGUCGGUUUCACGUGUCCGGUGACAUUGUACACGCUGACUACGACGAGUAUCUUCCGUAAGUAUGUGGGGAUUCUUGAUGCGCCGUUGUCUAUGUUGCUGGGUGUGUGGAGUAAUCUGCUGGCUAGUAUGUCUGGUUCGAAGGCGAAGGAUGCGGCUAUGUCUGGUGUUGGGCCGGCGCGCUUGUUGUUUGUUAGUUCUAUUAGUGAUUGGAUUGUUGCGCAGUCUGCUAUGGUUAAGUGUCAUCAGAGUCAGAUGGUUUGGUUUCGAUGGGGGUGGAUUACUAUCGGACGGUAUAUGACAGUUAAUGAUUUGAAGCGGGAGAGGGUUUAG